AUGGAACCGGGAAGAUGCGCUUUAUGCGGCCUGGGGCUAGAAGUAGGCGAGCUCAGGGACGAGGAAUUGCGGUCCCUGCUCAUCGGCAAAACAUGUCCAGAUCGUGAGAAUCCGAAGCAGCAGUUUCACCAAGGCUGCCUGCUGUGGAGUUUUGAGCUCAAUGCGAGCGAGAAGAUCAGCGCCGAACAAGUGCUGAGGGAAAAACCGGAAAAUGCAGCCUCCCGUGUCAUGUCGUCUUGCAAGGAGACGAGAUGCUUCCUGUGUGACAAGACGAGGGCGUCCCUGAGGGUUCAUAACAGGGAAAACCGCUUCGUUCACCUUCCCUGCGCGCACGAGAGUGAUUAUUUCCUCGUGGGAAGCUCAACACCCAAGAAGGUCAUGGCUCCCGCUGACGACGGGAAGGUCUCCUCAUACAGUGCCGAUAGAGGGAGAGGAGGAGGUGAUGGGGAGGAGGGGGAAGAGAACUUUGAGGACCCGAUAGGGGCAGAGGCAGCACCCGGAGAUGAAGAAUAUUCGAGCCAAGAGUCUCCAGAGCUGAGGCCCAAGGCUAGAGGUAAGCGGAAGAAGAAGAAAAAAUCGUUUUUCGACGACGCUGCACAAGAGUACGAAGAGGAGCCUUUGGAUGAAGGUGACAUGGCGAAGUUUCGACGCAAGACAGCCAGACAUGCGGAUGAUGAAUCUGGAGAAGAUGAACCCGAUGAUGGUGAUAGUGGAAGCCAGGGAGAGAGAGAGGAGGAAGCGAUGGAAGAGGGAGGUGGGUGGAACAACGAUGAAGACUCCGAAGAGGGCGAGAAGGAUGAUGAACAGAUUCACGAUAACGUAGUACCGGACGAGGGUCAAGAGUGCAUGGUCUGUGAACUUACAUUCAGCAGAGAUGAAAAUAUCAUGCUUAUAUGCGACGGCUGUGAUAGAGGAUGCCAUGCCUACUGCCUAGAUCCGAACGGGGCGGAAUGGGCUUUGAGGAUGGAGCAUUGGUACUGCGCAGAUUGUCAGAAACAGGAAGAAGACAAAACGCCAAGAGCUGAGGGGAGCAGGGAUCGGACAAGGGGGGUGGAGCAUCCGAGCAAGAACGCCGCUGUCAAGUCACGAGUCAGCGGCGCCUCCCUGCCCACCAAGAAGAGCUCCCGCAAGAUUUCCAAAAAAGCCUCCAAGGAGAUCAUCGUGGACGGAGGGAGAGUGGUCCGAGCCUCGGACUCCUUGCGGUCGAUCCCGCCAGAUCAGCUUCCCAAGAGAGUCGAACGUGUCGCGCUCAGCUGGAACAUCCUUGACAUGGAAGUCUACAUCGGCAAGCUGUAUGCCUACGUGAAAGACAACGGAGGGUUCGACAAGAUCCAGUGGCGAGCAGCAGCAAAGGCCUUCGGGUACCCAAGUCAAGAUCAAUCGGCGGCAGCAAAGAAGCUCAAAGAAUUUUACGAGAUGAGCUGGCCAGAGGACCUGAGACGACAGACCAACGGCCCUGACAAGACCUCAGUCGAGAAAUAUAAGAGUGCUGUACAGCACAUGAAGAAGUCGCAGGAGCCGGUCGGAGGAGCUAGGGGGCACUACCAGCACAAGAGGCCUCCGCCUGUCCCCAUCCAAACCUCUGCCCACGACAACUCGGCCACUUCAUCCCCCAAGACCUUUACCCCGAGAGGAAGCGCCAUCGACUUGACCCCCAUCCCCAAGCUCAAGGGCAGAGGUGACAGCAAGGUGCCGACCAAAAGACCUGCCGAGAACGCCCUCCCCGCUGCUGCCUCCUCCUCCUCCUCCUCCAGCCCAUCCAAACAUGACAGGAGCGAACGAGUGGCUGAGACGCAGAAGCACAGCAAGAGCACACAGGACGGCAGUAUCAGGAAGGAAGGGAGGAGGCAAGCAGACUCGCUCUACAGCUCGACCGCGAGCUCGCACGGUCAGCACGGGAAGCGCAAGCUUGACGCGAGGGAGGAGAGAGAUCCGCGGGAGGAGAGCUCGCAGGACAGGAAAUUCCAGAAGUCAGGAGAUGAGGGGAGAGGAGGGGGCAGGAGGCCCUCUGAGAAGCAGCCCUCCAAUCGGUCAGAGCAGCAGUCAGCGAGCACAGUGAUGAAGCAGACGAGGCAUAUGGACGCGGUUGUCUGCCAGGCUGGUUGCUACAUGAGCUAUGUCGGGGUAAAGUUCCUCGGGUCUGCUCCGUCGGAAAUGCCAAAGUUCUUCGCCAAUGGCGGGCGGGUGGAAUCAUCGCCGUUCAAGGACGAGGCGAAGAUAGCGCGGGUUGACAUUGUGCAUCUAAGGCCUGCGUACCACCUGUCAAGAUUUAAGCGUCAGCUGGAAAGGAUGCAGUGGGUGAAGAUGGAGUCAACGCAAGUGAAAGAGGGAGCGAACAUUGCAUGGGAUGGAGAAGAUAGCUCUCUGAUGACGAUGGCAACGAUGAUGAUGAUGGUGGUGGUAGUGAUGAUGAUGGUGGCGGUGGUGAUGGCGGUGGUGGUGGCGGUGGCGGUGGUGGUGAUGAUGGUGAUGAUGAUGGUGAUGAUGAUGAUGAUGGUGAUGGUGGUGGUGAUGAUGAUGGUGAUGGUGAUGGUGGUGAUGAUGGUGAUGAUGAUGAUGAUGAUGAUGAUGAUGAUGAUAGUGGUGGUGAUGGUGAUGAUGGUGAUGUUAUUGACUGCGGUGAUGAUGUCAAUGGCAGGAUUCAAAUCCGAUGCAUGGAUAGGGUUUAUCCAGCUGCUGCAAAAGGGAGGCGCAGUUGCCUUCGCUUCACUGGAGCUCGAGGGGAAGGUCUGUCCGAGCAAACUCGUGCUGGUACCGAGCAGCCGCUUCCUGGAAGAUGUUUUGAAACGGGGUGACAUUGACGAGUUCAGCCUCUUUGGGUUUCUGAUUGACUGA